UAACUACUAUAUUCUAAAAGAAAAAGGUAAAUCAAAAAAAUAUUCGUUAUUAUGUCAAAUGUUAAUGUUAUGUAAUCUUUAUGAAAUCCAGAGUAUCGGAUUGGGGUCCUAAACCCUUUAGGGUGCUUGAUGCUUGGCAACAACAUCCGGAGUUUAAGAGGGUGGUGGAGGAACAGUGGAAUGCAAUGGCAGUGGAUGGGUUUGCAGGCUAUAGAUGUAAACAAAAAUUGAAGAUGUUGAAAGAAUUCUUGCGAGAAUGGAACAAAGAGGUGUUUGGGGAUAUCGAGGCUCAAUUUGAAAGGGCAGCUGCCAAAGUUGCACAUGUAGACAUGAAGAAUGAAGAGUUUACAUUGGAUGAAGAAGAGGUACAUGACAGACAGAAGGGCUUUCAGGAGAUAUGGGAUAGUUUGAGGAAGAGGGAAGAUUUAUGGAGGCAGAAGUCAAGAAGUAACUGGGUAAAAUUGGGGGAUGCAAACACCAAAUUUUUCCAUAAAAUUGCAAAUGGACGGAAGGCUUGUAAUGGCAUUGUAGGGCUUUCAUGUGAUGGACAGUGGGUGGAGGAGCCAGAGCUAGUAAAGAAGGCGGCUGUUGAUUAUUUUCAAAAGUUGUUUUGUGGAGAAUCAUGGAACCGUCCAAAACCAUCUGGCAUUAUUUUCAAGCAGCUUUCGGAGGAGAUGAAGGUAUGGCUCGAAAGACCAUUUUCGGUAGAAGAGAUUGAAGAUGGAUUGAAGAGCUGUGAGGGGAAUAAAGCACCAGGACCGGAUGGAUACAACUUUAAUUUUAUCAAAUUUGCCUGGAACAGCUUGAAGGAGGAUUUUGUGAGUUUUUUUGGGGAGUUUUAUCAACAUGGCAGGCUUAAGGAGGUAAUGUCACGGAUUAUUAGUGAUACUCAAUCUGCUUUUGUUGGGGGGCGUCAAUUAGUUGAUGGGGUGCUAGUCUUGAAUGAAGUUGUUGAGGAGGUCAAGAGACGAAAGCACCAAGCUUUUAUUUUUAAGGCUGAUUUUGAGAAGGCCUAUGAUUGUGUCGAUUGGUCUUUUCUGGAUUGGAUGAUGAACAGGUUUGGGUUUGGAGUGCGAUGGAGAGGAUGGAUAAAGGAGUGUCUUUCAACAGCCAGAAUCUCAGUGUUAGUGAAUGGAAGCCCAACCGAGGAGUUUACGAUGGGAAAAGGGUUAAGGCAAGGGGAUCCUUUAUCCCCUUUUUUGUUUUUGAUGGUUGCUGAGGGGUUACAUGGUCUAAUAAAAAAAGCUGAGACAGAGGGCUUACUACAUGGAAUCGAUGUGGGUAGCAAGGGAUUGAAUAUUUCUUUGCUCCAAUUUGCGGAUGAUACGGUGAUCUUGGGAAAAGCAAAUGGAGAGAAUAUUUUUACUGUGAAAACCAUUUUAAGAUGGUUUGAAUUGAUGUCUGGACUGCGAAUCAACUUUUGUAAGAGUAGUAUUGUCGGAUUUAAUGUGGCACAAAGAUGGUUAAAUGGAGCAGCAACUGUUUUGAGAUGUGGUGUUGGGAAACUACCUUUUGUGUAUUUGGGAAUGCCUGUGGGUGGAAACCCUGGGACUAAGAAGUCGUGGGACCCAGUGUUGAAUAAAUUUCGAACCAAGCUUGCCAUCUGGAAAUCUGCUUUGCUGUCCUUUGGUGGCCGCAUUACUCUGCUUAAUUCGAGGGAUUUUCUGUGGGGAGGGGCUGAAUUAAAGAGGAAGAUUCCUUGGGUUAGUUGGGAGAUGGUGUGUCGUAGUAAGGAGAAGGGUGGGCUAGGAGUCACGGAUUUGAGGAGGAGGAAUUGGGCACUUUUAGGGAAGUGGUGGUUUAGGCUGGGUGAUGGUGGUGAGAGCCUAUGGAAACAGGUCGUCUGGGAUAAAUAUUAUGGGGGUCGGAGGGAGGCGGACAUCAGGGCAGUGGAUAGUGUGAGGGUGUCUAGGAUUUGGAGGGAUGUUAUUAGUGUCGGGGGAAAAUCUAUCCAAGUACAAGACAUGUUAGGGAAGGGGUUUAGGUGGAUGGUUGGAGAUGGAAGGCGUGUAGGUUUUUGGCAUGAGAUUUGGGUGGGGGAUAAAUCUUUAAGGGAUUUAUGUCCUAGGUUAUUUGAGCUAGCUCUGAAAAAGGACGGUAUGGUUUGUGAGAUGGGGGUGUGGGAAAGGGGCGUAUGGAGAUGGAAUAUUGACUGGAGAAGAGGGAGGCUGGGUCGAGAGAGGGGUGAGGAGGUGGUGUUGUGGGAGGUGCUAAGCAGAGUACAAAUCAUGGAAGAUUGCGAAGAUUGCUGGAAAUGGAUGCAUGAUGCAGAAGGAAGAUACGUAGUGAAGAAGGCUUAUGAGUUUCUGUCACCAAUGGAGUCCAUUCUUCCGGAUCAAAUUUUGAUUUCUUGGUGGGGUAUGCAGGUUGUGAUGCCUAAUACAGUGGGAGGGGUGAUGGAGUUUUUCUUGUACGAGUUGGGAGGUCUGGUAGGGAGGGAGCUAGGGGCUUGUCUUUUCCUAGUUGGGUCUUGGUAUAUUUGGUAUUGGAGGAACAUUAGAGUUUUCCAGAACAAAGGGGAGUGUAGGGAUGGUUUGCUCCAUAUGAUUCAGUCCAAAACAUUUUUGUGGAUCAAAAAUAAGGUGGCUGGAAGUGUUUUCUCGUUAUAUGAUUGGCAAUUUCAUCCACUGGAAUGUGCUGCUGCCAUAAGGAAGAAUAGAAGCCUGCUGAGGGAGUUCCGUAAGCAUAAGAAUGGAGAGCAUGCUGAGUAGGGUGUUGGGUUUUUGUUUGGUUUUUUAGUUUAACUGUUUCUUGCGAAUUGGUAUCUUGGUUAGACUAGUUUACUAUAUUGUAUUUGGGUUGGAGUACCCCUUGUACUCUAUCUAAUCAAAUCUCAUUUAUUUU